AUGGAGGGCUUCUCCUUGCCCGCCACCCCGUCAAAGGCCAAGCCCGGGCGGAGAGGGUUCUGCUCCCUCACCACCCUGCUGGUCGUGUUUGCGCUGGUGGCAGGCGUGGCCAUGUUCAAUCAGGAGCUGGGCGGCAGCAGCAGCCGCACAGAAACAUACUACCGCAAGGCCCUGGUGGCCAAGAUGUAUUUUGGCGACAACGGGCAGACGGUGACGGCCACCAGCGAGGAGUACAGCCGCUCCACGGUGGCCGGCGGCGGCGCGGGCGCGGCCAAGGCCAAGGCCACCGCCGCCGCCAAGGCUGCGGCGGGCCGCGCCGAGCCGCGCGCCGCGCUGGAGCUCGACGAGGAAGAGGAGGAGUGGGAAGAGGGCGGCGGCGGCGGCGGCGGCGCGGCCGAGGCGGCCGCCGACGAGGACGAGUUUUCCUCUCUGGAGGACGAGGACGAAGACGCGCACCCGUCCUCGGAGCAGCAGCAGCAGCAGCAGCAGCGCCUGGUCACAACCACGGUCAAGGCCACCGCGACCAGCGACGCGCCGCUCACCGUCACCAUCUCCGCCACCCAGGAGAUGGAGGGCGCCACCGCGGCCGCCGCCGCCGCCGCUGCCGACGAGCAGGGCGAGGAGGCGACGUCCACCACCACCACCACCACCACCAUCACCACCACGCAGCCCGCGGCCGCCGCGGGCACGGGCGCGGGCGCGGCGCAGGCGGCGCAGCAGCCCGCUGCGACGGCGCAGCAGCAGCAGCAGCAGCAGCAGGGCGCGGCGGGGCCAGAGCAGGAGGACCCCGCUGAGGCCGCCGCCUCCUGGUGGUCUGACGUGGUGGACCCCAGCGGCGAGCGCCUGCCCAAGGCCGCCAGGCGCGAGCGCGACAUCUCGGCCUCCCUGGCCACCGCAGUCGUGUUUGACGAGUCUGCGGUACCCGACAACCCCGACUGCAAGAUUGCGGUGAUGGAUGUGGACCAGCGCUGGGGGGAGGUGUACGGCGCGGGCAACUGCGACCUGGCCGACGAGAAGCUGUGGCCCUUUGCGUCCAUGGGCCGGGGUAUCGACGGGCACAACCUGCUGCUGCCCGAGCAGUACCAGUACAGCAUGGAGCACUGGAUCACAAAGGCCAUCCGCAACUCCUCGCGCUACACCGACGACACGGCGGCCGCCGACUUUGUGUUUGUCGACAUGGGCUGCUACCACACGUCCUGGAUGGCCUGGCUGCACCCGCAGAACGAGGAGGGGCGCAAGCUGGUGCCCUCGCCAGAAUAUUACAUCAAGCGCUCCUUCACCAAGCUGCGCGGCAUGGCGCGGUGCGUGCAGGCCGCUUGGCAGGGAGCUUGCUUGGGGCGGCGGCGGCGGGCCGGCUGCCGGCUGGCUGGCUUCCGCGAGACCAAGGGCGGCGACUUUGGCAUGGUGCACCCCGCGCCGCUGAUGAAGGGGCUGUUCACCGAGGAGGCGGCCUGCGAGGACUUUGCCUCGGUGCUCAACAUGGUACCCGAGCGCGCCUCGCUGUGCGUGUGGACCCAGGACUCGCACACCCAGGGCAAGAGCGUGCUGCUGCCGUACGCCGCGGUGUCGGACAUUGACAUGGACGUGAGCUGCAUCCCCGUGUUUGUGGGCGCGCCCUUCCACACGCUGCCGCUGGCCGGCGACGUCGACUACGCCAGCUUUGCGCUGUUUGUCAACGUGACAGACACCUCCGCCUGGGUCAACACCUCGUCGCCCAAGUGGGAGCACAACCACAUGAUCAGCAAGGCCUGGAAGCUGGACGACCGUUCGGCAGAGGAGGGCAUGGUGACGGUGCCGCGCCUGGCCGACCUGGUCACGCUGCUGCGCGGCAUGCCGGCGGAGGAGGUGGCGGCGCGGCACGCGGGAGUGGUGGCCCACCGCCUCAAGUUCUGGUACCCCCCCGCCUCCGCCCAGGCCAUCGCCACCUCGGUGGCCGCUGCGGGCGCCGCCUCCGCGGCCGGCGCCGGCAUCGCCACCAGCGGCGCGCUGCUGCAGGGCGGGCGCGGCGGCGGCGGCGGCGGCGGCGCGGGCACCGGCGCGGCCGGCGCGCGCGUGCUGCGCGAGGGCGCGGCCGCCGCGGAGGCACUGCAGGGGCAGCUGGCGGCGGCGCGGGCGGGGCACAGCGUGCUGGGCGAGCUGCUGAUGCGCAAGAUGUGCCACCGCGCGGCGGCGGUGCAGAAGCGGCUGGCGGAGGCGGCGCAGCUGGGACUGGACUACCAGGACUCCGACGAGAAGGUGGAGCACCCCAGCCUCGCGCAGCAGGCGACGCCAGAGGAGGAGGAGGAGGAGGAGGCCGACGAGGCCGGCAUGAAGCUGAGCAAGCGCUUGAGCAAGCGUGCCUGA